CCUCCUCCGACUCCAACAGGCCUUUCGCUGGCCCCACACGGACACCCACGAUGAGCGAGUUGCUCCAGUUCAUCCUGCAGCAUGAAGAAGCUUUCAAGAGCAGGAACCGUUUGGCCUCGUUGUACGCCGACUUUCGUACGCAGUUGAAUACGAAUCCCGAUGGGUACCACGCGAAUAUUUCGGCCUGGAAGAAGGCGCUGGCGGAUGCGGCGAGGCAUGGAGUCAUUCCUGCUCCGGGAGGAAUACAUCAUUCGAUGAAGAUUAGGACGGGGGAAGAGCUUCUGAGGGCGUUGCAGCACCCAACGUACGGCAGGCCGACGUGUUUAUCUGCUGUCUUCCAGGAUGCCGUCUCGAAGAAAGAAUUCCUUCCUUUGCACGAGUUUCUACACGCUACAACGAGUAUAUAUAAGCACUCCUGGGUGCCAUCUCCGCUGGCGGUGGUCAAGUGGGGCCUCCGACAUAUUGGCGUACUCGGACAACCGGGUUUGGGAGACAAGCUCGGCAUAGGAGAGUUUGUGGUCUUGAGCAAUGUAGAAGUUGCCGCUACAGAGAUCAUAACCCGCAUGAAGUCGCAUACAUUUGCCGUCGAUCGAAUUAUGUCACGGGCGGACUUUCACAGGCGGUUUGCGGAUGCUUUGGAUGGCAGGUAUGGCGCGAUGUUAAGCGACCAGGAUUUGGAUGUGAUAUUGGUGUUUCUGGCUCGGGACAAACAAGCAAUAGCAUACGACGGCACGACGAUCAAGUUCAAGGCAAGCACCGAGGCGCUCCCGACACCGAUCGCCCAGGAAGAUGAAGCAAUCGCAAAACUUCGAGACACACUCCACAAGAUCAACGCCCAGUUACAGCCGUUGCAACAAAGAGUAGAAGAGGCCGACGCAACAGUACGAGAGGCUGUAAAGACCAACCAAUUGGUGAAAGCGAAGGUGGCACUUCGGUCGAAGAAGCUGGCGGAGGCAGCGUUGCAGCAGCGCACAGACGUCGCGCUGCAGCUCGAAGCCGUUUACUCUCAACUGCAGCAUGCGGCAGACCACGUUGAGGUUGUUGAGGCAAUGAAACAAGGUGCCGUUGCUCUCAAGGCUCUCAACUUGAAGGUCGGAGGCGCAGAGGGCGUGGCGGCUGUUGUGGACACAUUGAACGAGGAGAUGGCUACAACAGAUGAGAUUUCUGCCAUCAUCAACGAGACUGGUGCGCCUCUGGACGAGGGAGAGAUCGAUGACGAGCUGGAAGCCCUGGAGACCGCAGAGAGGGAGAAGCGCGAGCAGGAGGAGAAGGCCGAGAGGGAGAGGAAAGAGCGGGAAGAGGCUGCCGAGAGGGAGAAAAGGGAACAGGCUGAGGCUGCCGAGACCGCUGCAAAGUUAGCCGAGCUUGAGCAGUAUGAGAAGGAAGUGAAGGAGAAGGCUCAGGAGAAUGCGGCGGCGAGGCACGAGGAUAUGGAACAGACCAUCGAAGGCGCUUCGCAAGAUAUGUCACGGUUGUCAUUUCACCAGGAGGUCGAUGAAGACGAGGAAGCCGCCGAGCAAGAAAGAGUUCCCGUCCCUGCAUAGAGAGGCGCGGUUUUGUUCAGGGGAAUCAGCGGCCUAUACGUCUUUUGGAUACCCAUUCUCAGGCAUCGGGUAUGGCGUCCAGGUUCUUCUAUUAUGGUCAUAUACAUUCCCAGGGGAGGUAUAUAUCUUGGGGACACAUAGGCUGAAAGCAACCGAAGUAUUCCGGUAGCGGGUAUAACAUGCAUUAUUCCCAAC